AUGCUUGGCGUCCCGAUUCCAGCUGAUCCGGAUGCUGGGGUCCCUCCCCGCCAGAGGAAAAAAAUUUGUGGCGGACGGGGGCCUGCCUUGCCCUGGAUGAAACGAGACAGCAUGACGGCCGUGACGGACGGCGUCAGGUCGGGUCGAUGUGUCAGGUCGGCCUCCGGACGGUCCUCGACUCCUCAACGGCUGAUCCCGCGGGAGGAUGGAGGAUGGACGGACGGACGGGCGCAGGGGGCUCUGAUUGAUCGAGGACGGGCGACCGGAGAGGUGACGACGGCACGUCGCGUAGCGAACCUACCCAACAGCUGGCCGCCCUGGCCUCGCCGGCCUCGCUGGCACCGCAGGCACCGCAAGCACCGCGGCAUGACCUCACCCCGUUCGAUUCGAUUCGUCGCGGGCGGCCCGACCAACGCUCCCGUCGUAUUGGCCGCCCGCGAUGUGCCCGAGCCUCCAUCGACGCAGUCGCACGGCCAGCGUACAAAAUAA